AGCGCACACAGUCACUUCCCAGGAUGCUUCAGGAUGAGGAACUGGAAUUUGACGUUGUUCAAUCAUGGUGGGGAGGGGAAGAGAAGAAAGUGCCAGUAAUCACAAUUAUACACGCAUUUGACGUCUACUUGAAACAGGCAACAUAAGCACUUGGACGGGUAUAUAGGACCAAGCAGCCUUGUCGGGAUCAUGGGCGAGAAUGGCCCUCAAACUGAGACAGCCAUGUUCUUUGAAGAGGAUGAGGACGAUGUUGAUAAACUGGGAAGAGAGGACGAAGACGAAUGCAAAAUAGCCAAUUCCAGUAAAGAGGACACGCUGAUUCCCAAGCCCUCGUCGUCCUCAGCACGGGUGUACGAUCGCACCACGGUACUCAUUGAACAGGACCCUAUUCAUCUGGAUGAGGAAGGAGAAGAGGACGGCCACUGUGGGCCAGACGACGAUGGUGUGGCAUUUUUGACCGAUGGAGAUGAGGAGGGGACUCUGGCCUUCAUGACGGACCCAGACAGCAUGGCACAGGGCUACGUGCACCACACCAUUUCCCCGGAUCAGAUCCAGUUCAUCAUCAAUCCCGGGUCCACCCCCAUGCCCCGCAACAUUGAAGGAGCCACUCUUACGCUGCACUCCGAGUGCCCAGAGACCAAGCAGAGAGAGGUAAAGAGGUACCAGUGCACUUUUGAGGGCUGCACUCGCACUUACAGCACGGCGGGAAACCUGCGCACACAUCAGAAAACACACCGUGGUGAAUACACCUUUGUUUGCAACCAGCAGGGCUGUGGUAAAGCCUUCCUGACCUCCUACAGCCUAAAGAUCCAUGUUCGAGUGCAUACUAAAGAAAAACCAUUUGAGUGUGAUGUACAGGGUUGUGAAAAAGCCUUCAACACACUGUACAGGCUGAAAGCACAUCAGCGACUGCACACGGGGAAAACAUUUAACUGUGAAUCAGAAGGAUGCACAAAGUACUUUACCACUCUCAGUGACCUGAGGAAGCACAUUCGUACUCACACAGGGGAGAAGCCAUUUCGGUGUGACCAUGAUGGCUGUGGUAAAGCUUUCGCUGCUAGUCACCACCUGAAAACACAUGUGCGGACACACACUGGAGAGAAGCCCUUUUUCUGCCCUAGUGAUGGCUGUGAGAAGACGUUUAGUUCACAGUACAGUCUGAAGAGUCACAUUCGGGGCCAUGAUAAGGGCCCUUCAUACCCAAUUAGCUUCAGCCAUCCUCUGUCAGAGGAUGCAAAUCAUUCACUGUGCCUCAGUGAUUUGAGCCUCAUUUCCACAGACUCUGAGCUUCGAGAAAAUAUCAACAAUUCUCAGAACUUGGAUCUGAAUAAUAUCACUCCUGUGAAGAUAUUCGAGUUGAUGUUACAGAGCCCUGAAGACAAUGUUAGUCAAGAUGACCCACAUCCAUCUGACAACCUAGUGGAGGCUUUUGGCUUGGAGACGCCACCGCCUGCAGCAGUGACGGAUACAUCCACUCUCCUGCCCUUUUCUCAGAUGCCUUCAUCCUCCUCCUCUUCUAGUUCACUCACCACUCCUGUCCUAGAGAACUCCACACAGCCUGGCUCCUCUUCCUGCCAGGCAACAGCCACCAACAACUCCACACACACCUCUCCACAGUCUGCCACUUUCUCCUCUUUCCUCCAUACCUCACUACAAACACCAGAAGUGCCCACUCUAGUUGCACCCGCUGCCACCCAACACUACACCCCAGUGGUGCCCACAGCACCUGACGGCUCCCUACCAGUCUCUCUCCCGACAAUGGCCAGCGUCUCAAGUCCUGCAUCAGCCAUCAGCACAGGAGCAGCUGCAGUAGUAACGCACACAGUGCCUUUAGCAGGCAGUGCCAAUCUGGCGCCCACACCCACCAUCACCAUUGCUCCUACGCAGGGCCUCAUGCAGCCCAGCCUUGUCAUGUCUGACCAGAAUCUGCAGUGGAUCCUCAGCAGUGCUGCCAAUGCACAGCACAAUCCUGAACAGCAGGGCCCAAAAGUGGAAAAGGUCUUCUUCACAACAGCCAUACCUGUAGGAGGGCAUUCAGGGAACCCUGUGCAGCAGAUUGGCCUUAGUCUCCCAGUCAUCAUCAUUAAGCAGGAAGAGGCAUGCCAGUGUCAGUGUGCCUGCAGAGAUUCAGCUAAAGAAAGGAGCUCCAGUCAGAACGCUGCCCCCUCACAGCAAAAGCCUAAAGACAUAUCUCCACCACCUCCAACUCCUUCGGUGACACUUGCUGUUUCAGAUUGCUGUUCCACCAAGGUGAGCACUCCAUUUUCCUCUGGCUCCACUCAGACUUUCCACGGUGAGGCAAUGGUGUCCAGUUCUCCCUCAGACAGCCUGGCCAAUGUGGAUGUAGUGGACCUACUCAGCCCUGAAACCACCGCCAACAUUGAGGCACUGCUGAUGGUCGCUGAUGAGUUCUCCUUGGGUGAGGGCAACAGCGACACCACCACCUAGAGGAAGUUGAGGGUUAAACCCCCUCAGUCAUUUCUUUGCAUUGAAUUUUUUUUUUUUUUAUUGGCACCAUUAUUUCUAACGUUAUGCAGUUUCAAUCUGAUUCAUAAGGGUAUCUUGUGUAAACCAGGGGUCGUGUGUGUCAGACAUCCCAGUGUAAAAAGGCUAUGAUCUAUGAUCAGCUUUGGCCUUACUUGUUAUAUAAAACAUGAUCUUCCGGACAUGGGCUGCUUAAUACAUGUGAAUUUUUAGCUAGUAUUUUACUCACAGUGCACUCUGAUUAAUUCAGAUCUGUGCUAUUUGUGCACUUUCAGAUUAUGGAAAUGUCCCUACUGAAAACAGAGGUUUGUAAUAGCCAUUUGUUUGAGGUUGCUUCACUGUUUGCACUGUAUAAUAAUUGUCCUACCAGACAUUCUCAUGAUGUGCUAUGGUCUGUUCAGCCGACUCUAACGGUCCCUGUAGCAUAUCAGAGAAAGGGAGUAUAAAAAAAAAACCAUUUGGACAUAUGGCUGUGGUUAAAAAUGCAAAGAAUCAAAUAAUUACUAUCUACUAACUCAGAUUUAAAAAAAAAAACUUGAGCAAUAUUAUAAAUCCUAAUUAUUCAGAUGGUAACAUUUCGUUAUGAAUCAAGUUACUUAGCCUAGUUUGGAAUAGAAUAGGAAAUUGUAUAAGGUACAGGCCAGUCAUAGAUUGACAACAACUCAAUGCACUGAGAACUAUCCACCAAGAACCAAAUGUUGACCAGUCACACUGAAAAUAGAAAAAUGAAAUAUUGUUUGUCAUUCACCAGAAUGUACUGCACGUAAGCGUAAUUGGUAUAUCGGGCCCCCUGAAUAGAUAAUAAAGCCCUUUCAGGCUGCAGUCAUUCAAAUCCAGAACUUGCCAUGUGCUAUGAAAAGUAUUUUAUGUGUAAUUUAUUUAGGAAGACUACAGUAGCCCAUGAAAUGUGAUUCUAAAGUAUCUUGAAGCAGUUUCUGUCAACAGAAAUUACUUGCUUUUAAGUGUAAAUGAUAGGUAUUUGUGGUUGGCUGCCUGUAACAUUAAUUUAAUUUUUAGAUGUUAAUUUAUUAAAAUCCUUUCUAUCAUUAAAUCAAUGCAGUACAUAUUUUCGAUAAAAUAGCCUACUUUUUAACUUGGUGGACCAAGUUAUUUUCUUCGUCUUUGUUUGUUUGAUGAUCUCAGCCACUUUUUCUUCUUCUUGCCUUUAGGUUGCAGGUCAGGCUGGGUAAUUUCCAGCCUUGUUGCUGCUUUGUUGUUACUGAAAUGAUUUCGGCCUCUGACCUUUCUUCCUUUAUUUAGACCCAUGUAAGUCUCACUGUUGUGGCCUGCUCAGGGAUAUAGAAAAUCAAAGCAGAGGUAUACAGUCUGUCCCUGAAAAUACAUACAAAUGGCAGCAGAACUGUAAGAGCUUGAGCUGUUGUGUAAUACAUGCUUGUUGUGCAUUACCAAGCCAAGGUUUAGAUAAUCAAGAGAAUGUCUAGUUAACUUCCCUGCACCAGUAAGCCAGUUUAUACACCACUGCUGUAGAGGUUUUAAUAAGUUUAUUAUAAUGUAAAUGUCGUGUGUUUUGAAAUUACAAAUGUUUAAGCCCUUAGAUUGUAUUUGUAUUUUUGUAUAGAACUAUGUGGGGUAAUCACACUUUGGAUUUGACGUGGAGGACACGACACUGCACUGCCUGUUUCCUUUGCAACCCACCUGUCACCAAUUCACAAUGCAGUAGAUUUUGGAAUGUAUAUGUAUUUUUUUUCCCUGGGGCAGGGGGGGCACCUGGGUUAAUACAGGAAAUACACAAACAUAUUGUGCACUGUGGCAUGGAAUGGCUACUGUAUUUAUUACCCACCUUCAGGAUACUGCCUUACAGUUUUGAUACAGUGUAGCUUUUGGGCUACUACAAUUUUUUUUAUGAAAGGACUUGCAACAGAACUUCACAAUCCUCACAAACUGUGACAAACUAUUUCUCAUUACAUGACAUUAAGGAUGAGAAAUUUGGCUAAAUGUCACCUAAAUUUGAUUAAGGACUUUUUUAGCCAGUUAUUUUUUUAGUCAUAAUACACAGUCACAGUUUAACACAGACAGUUUCUGACCUUUUCAAAAUUUAUGAAGAGCCUACAGCUAUUAAAGUCUUUGCAUGUCA